AUGGGUUUACCCCUGAACCCGAAACCUUUCCUCAGUGGAUUAACAGGAAAGCCAGUCAUGGUGAAACUUAAGUGGGGAAUGGAGUACAAGGGCUACCUGGUAUCUGUAGAUGUCUAUAUUAACACGCAGCUUGCAAAUAAAGAAGGAUACAUGGAUGGGACAUCGUCACGAAAUCUGGGUGAAGUUUUAAUAGGGUAUAAUAAUGUCCUUUAUAUCAGAGGUGUUGAAGAAGAGGAAGAAGAUGGGAAAAUGAGAGAAUAG